UGUAGAUAGAGUGAUAUCUUGUAGUGUGUCCCAAUCCCAAACGGCCAGUAGAUAAUGGUACGCAUGCUUCAAGAUAGUCAACCAUUCCCUCAGGCAGCGCCUGCCUCCAUAUAAAACCCAACCCAACACCGCCACGACAGGAGCACGCAGUUCUCGCUCAACAUCCAAGAGAGGCCAGCAGCAAUGGCCAUGGCAAAACUCGCAAGCUCUUCGCCCCUGGUCCUCGCCCUCGUCUUCGUAGCGGCGAUGGCCGCCGCGGCCACCUCUGACGCCGGCGAGCGCCUGUGCUACGACGACCUGAUGAACGCCGCUACGCAGUGCCAGAACUACCUGACGCACCCUGCGGAGCCCAAGAUCCCCCCGUCGGAGAAAUGCUGCCGCGCGGUCGGCGACGUAGCGAUCCCGUGCCUGUGCUCGUUCGUGACCGAGCAGUUCGAGAAGGGGGUGUGCAUGGAGAAGCUCGUGUACGUCUUCGACUACUGCAAGAACCCGCUCAGGCCGGGCUGCAAGUGCGGGAGUGAGUGCCCUCGCCUGAUGUCUCCUUGGAGAAUUAUUUUCUGUUUAUGGACGCUACGCUAAGAGAAGAGGUUUUGGUCAAGAUUAUACAUGAUCGAUGCUUAUUUUUGACGUGUGUUUUUUUUUUGCAGGUUACAAGGUUCCUCCGUUGGGCUUUGGGUCUAGAAGGUAACGAGUGCUGAAUUUUGUAGCUCUCCAGGAGAUUUCACCUAAGCAGGAAUAGUUUCGUCUCCAGUCUCAACAUUGAGAUCAAUGCGAAGUUUAUGUUGAAAUAUUAGGGGGCAAAAAUAAAAAAAAAUAACAGGUUUAAAGCUGUCGUGCCAUUGCAUCCCUUUACUUUUUCUUAAAAUAAAAAUAUAUAAUCCCUUGACGUCUCAAUUUCAUAACCAUUGACAAAGCACAUACUCUGCACCGUACAAACAGUUGAUAAAUGUACAAUCGGGUUUCAAAUGUGGACGAAAUCUGCAGCGUACCU